AGUCGCGAAACGCUUACCAUCAAAUUGUGUUUGUGCCCAACAUUUUAAUGUUUGCAUGCGAAGAUAUACGAUAUUAAGCAGCAGCAUUUUAAAAAUGAGUAACCAGAAGAAUAUUUUAAGUUUUUUCUCCCCGCAGCAAAAGCGAUCUUCAGAUAAAUUCGAGUUAGUAGACAAACCGACAAAAAAGCCAAAACUUGAUGAUGGGGAAAACUCCCCAAAGGCGGGUAAAGAAAAUGUGAACAUUUCAUUAAGUCCAGAACAGAAGCAGAGGAUUGAGGAAAACCGACAGAAAGCUCUUGCCAAAUUGGCAACCAAACACUCAGAUCCUGGUGGAAUAUUAGUCAAUGUUGGGGAAUCAUGGAAAGAAGCUUUGCAAGAUGAGUUUUCAAAACCAUACUUUGAAAAAUUGAACAAGUUUGUGAUGUCAGAGAGAAGCAAAGGAACAGUUUAUCCGCAGCCAGAGAAUGUGUUCAGCUGGACAAAGGCAUGUACUGUUAAUGAUGUGAAGGUAGUGAUAUUAGGUCAGGACCCAUAUCAUGGACCUAACCAGGCACAUGGAAUGGCAUUCAGUGUUUUACCAGGAGUAGCACCUCCUCCAAGUUUACUGAAUAUGUACAAGGAACUAGAGAAUGAUGUGGAAGGAUUUAAACGACCAGGUCAUGGUUACUUGAUGGGCUGGGCAAAACAAGGUGUAUUGAUGUUGAAUGCUGUUUUAACUGUUAGAGCACAUCAAGCUAACUCCCACAAGGAUCAGGGAUGGGAGAGGCUUACAGAUGCCACCAUUUCAUACCUGAACAAAAAUAGGUCAGGAAUUGUGUUUAUGCUUUGGGGAUCAUAUGCACAGAAAAAAGGAAUGCAUAUUGACAAGAGUAAACACCAUAUCCUGAAGGGGGUACAUCCCUCACCUCUCUCAGCACACAGAGGAUAUAUGGGGUGUAAACAUUUCUCAAAAUGCAACAGUCUUCUUAGAGAUGAUGGUAAUACACCUAUAGACUGGGCUUAUCUACCUGUUAACCCUGAGUGAAAAAUGAACAGACUAUUAUGUAGUUCUACAGUUGUACAAAAGGUUGUUACUCUCUUGAUUGACAAAUUGUAAUUGUUGUAUAAACCAAGGAGGCUGGUUUGGUUAGAUACUGGAAUCUUAUCAAAUCCUAAUAAACAAUGACAACACUUGGGCGUGUCGAUGCCAGUGACUUGACACAAAGAUCUCUAGCAGUUCUGAAAGCUUAGAGAUGUAUUAACACAUUGGCAGAAAAUUUACUGUGAGAGAUGGUUUGACAUUCAUGUGGAGUUGUUCCUGCAUUCAGUUGGUGACAUGUGAUCAGUGUGAAAGUGUUUGUAAAGAAGGGACUAUAAUUUUUUGAGUUUUAUUCCUGAAAAAUAAUACUAAACCAUUUGUAUCAGCAAGACAUUUACCUGCUUAUUAGUACUACACUUUGGUUUUAACUGUUUUAGUAUUACAUUAAGUGAGCUUUUUUGUAAGGUGUUAACAGUGCUAGUUGCUAACUGAUUUGUACAGAAAUUGUUUCAAUGUCUAGUUACAAUAUUUCAAACUGGAAUAGUGCAAAACAAUUUUCUGCUGUUUGCUAUUAUAAGAUGACUGAAGACAGAUGUUGUAUGAUCUAACAUAAGUCUGUGAUAUAAUUAAAACUCAAAGCACUGAUGGUGGUUGCAAUUGAUGCUAAUUGAUUUGUAAAAUACUGGAAAGAAUGUGACAUUCUGAGGAAUUCUUACUUAUAAUCGGAAGAACUUUUUUCAAAACAUUUAGCUUUCCUUUCAAAGUUAUGCGUUUUUAGCUCACCUGAGCACAAAGUGCUCAUGGUGAACUAUUGUGAUCACACUGUAUCCAUUGUGCGACUGUCUGUCCUCAACAAUUUCUUUUAAACAACAUCUCCAAAACCACUGAAUGGAUUUUGAUGAAAUUUGCCCAGGAUGUUCCUUGGAUGGUCCUCUACCAAAGUUUUUAAAACAGUUCCGCUUGGUUUUACAUAGGCGCCGCCAGAGCUGAAAAACCUUCAAAUGACAUCUCCUCCUAAACUGCCUGGCCAGUUUUGAAAUAAUUUCAUGCAAAAACCUACUACCAAGAUUGUUCAAAUUAUUCUGAUUCUUCAAAAAACGGCCACCAGGGGCGUGAUUACUUUUCUCUACAAUCAUGUAUAUAGUGGAAACUUCUUGUGUGAAACUAUUGGCCCUAUUUUAAAAUAAUUUUAUGCAGGUGUUGUUUGGGUGACCGUCUACUAAGAUUGGUAAAAUUAUUCUGAUUCAUUUAAAAACAUGGCCGCAAGAUGGCAUGUUCACUUUCCCUAUAUAUAUAUAUAUAUAUAUAUAUAUAUAUAUAUAUAU